AUGCCGGCCUGCCUGCUGCCCGGGCUGGCGCUCUGUUUCCUGCUGGCGCCUCUGGCAGGGGCCAAGCCGGUGCAGGAGGAGGGAGACCCCUACGCCGAGCUGCCGGCCAUGCCCUACUGGCCUUUCUCCACGUCUGACUUCUGGAACUACGUGCAGCACUUCCAGGCCCUGGGAGCCUACCCCCAGCUGGAAGACAUGGCCCGCACCUUCUUCGCCCACUUCCCCCUGGGGUCCACCCUGGGCUUCCACGUCCCCUACAGGGAGGAGUGA